AUGAGUAAAAUAUUAGCUGUGAUGAGAUUUGAAUUAAUACCAAAUGAGAUUUUAAUGGACUGCUUUGCAUAUCUUAGUGCAUCUGAAAUUUUUCAUGCAUUUGAUCGAUUGAAUUAUCGUUUUUAUAAACUUAUUCGAAAUAUUAAAUUACACCUCAAUUUUCAUCAUAUUCAAAAGUCAAUAUUUGAUCGAUUUUGUAAAAAAAUGUUAUUAGAACCACACAUUAAAAGCCAAAUUUAUUCCAUGCAUUUAUCGAAUAAAGGUUCACAUGGCCAAAUCGACGCAUUUCUACCAUUAUUUUCAAUCGAUGAAUUUCCUAAUCUUCGAUCAUUAACACCGACUCAAGUUGCAUACGAAAAUAUAGGACAAUUGAAAUCAAUGAUAUCAUCUAUACCAGAAUUAUAUUCUCUUCAUUUGUUCGAUUCUGAAAAUAUAGAGGCUGAUGCAUUAGUUCCUCUAACAACGUCUAAAGUAAGAACAUUAUCUGCAGACACAUUAGUAGUUUUACCAACAUGGGUCGAGAUAUUCUUAUCAAUUACAAGUUUCACAUUAUUAUCUAGUGAAGUUUUUGAUUUGUGUGCAUUGAUGGAAUAUAUGCCAAUGUUAAAAUAUUUACAUGUUCAACAUUGUCUUUAUAUGUUUAAAUCAUAUCAGAAGAAAGCACGUUAUAAAAAGACGUGUGGUGUUCAUUUAAAACAGUUGAUUGUUGAUGACUUACAGAUUCCAUUUGUGACAUUUCAAAAGCUUUUAGAAGCAACACCCAAUCUAAAAAGUUUAACACUAUCUGCAAAAAUAUGCCGCAUAUGUUUGAUGCGUGUCAAUGAGAACAUUUGGUUUUAUCUUCAUUACCUUACUUAA